AUGCCUCCAAGAUGCGCAAACACGAUGUCUGCAGCUAAGUUGUUUGUGCAGCUUUCUGCCCGGCGAAGCAAUCAUAUCGGCAUUCUCGAAAUCCUACUGCCACCCCAAACUCGAUCCUUCCACUUCGCUGCAUCAGCGCGCCAAACCCGUUUUCGCCCCGCCCUCGAGCUUCGAUAUGCAACAGUCGCCCGACACAUGGCACGGAGGAGCUUUGGUUUGACAAGUGCGAGGCGCAAGACCCAGGUAAUCUAUAAUCCUCAGCAAGACGAAAAUGGGAAGGAAAUGGCGCUGCAGAUUACACCACGCGCAGCCAACCGCCUGUCACAAAUAAUGGCCAAAGACAAGAACCCGCACCUUGCGCUACGCAUACAGGUCGAAUCCGGCGGCUGUCACGGCUUUCAAUACCUCAUGUCAUUGACUACCCUCCCAUCCUCCCUUGCCGCAUCGCAAUCAACAACGCCAGCCCCUGGCAAAACCUCGUCUUCACCCGACGUACCAUCCUCAGCAGCACAAACCGAAGUCGUGCCUUCCACCACAACAAGUGAUGCGCCGUCCGAAACGGGCGUUGGAGAGGACGACACAGUAUUCACGUUCAUAAGCGAUGCGACUGAAGCCGGCGAAGAUGGAGCGCGCACACUGGCUACCGGGCCAAAGAUUAUCCUGGAUGGGCCCAGUUUGGAGCUGCUGAAUGGGAGCAAGGUCGACUACACAAUGGAGCUUAUUGGGAGCCAGUUCAAGAUCAUCGACAACCCCCUCGCAACGAGUAGUUGUGGUUGUGGAACGAGUUUUGAUAUCAAGAUAUAG